GAUCGCGAAUAUCCAUAGAAAACUAUUGAAAUGAUUUUCUUUUACAAGUAAUUAUAGAGAUGUCUAUGAAAAAUCUGAAAGCGACAGACAUCCUGGAGGCUCUAGAAUCGAAGCUCGCAUAUAUUCCAGGCGGUCGUGAUCGUGACGAACGGCCUUUAAUAGUAAUUAGUGUUCCUCCAGAACUUGACCCAACAACAAAACCGAAACUAGAAUCUCUCAUUUUAUAUUUUAUAUCGAUUUUCAGCGAAGAAACGAAAGAAAAGGGUUUGGCUUUAAUCGUGGACGCGCGUCGUGGUGCAUGGCGCGUAGCUAGAUCCUGUAUUAGGCUAUCCACGAAUCUCGCAGGAUCAACAGCCGUUUCCGUGAUCGUGGUACGUCCCGAUGGCUUCUGGGACAAACGCGUUGAUAGUUGUACCAAGUCGCAUAAGGAGGGAGAACCAAUAUACGUUACUCUAACGAGAUUGCACGUUUAUAUCGACUUUUCUCAAUUACCGUACGAGUUGGCAGGUAACAAGGCAUACAAUCACGUAGAAUGGAUUAAGAAACGUAUGAAAAUAGAAGAUUAUUCGAGAGACGCGUUAGAACUAAUAUCGAAGAUGACAAAUUUACAUCAAAGAUUGAAUACUCUUGAUGGUAUUCGUAUGACGCAAUCAGACGACGAUAUAGAAUCUUAUUGGGAGAUCGGUACAGAAUUGUUAUCAAUGGCACGUCACAUACUUCAAUCAGGUAGAAACCUAGUCAGUUCUAUGAGCAGAGAAUCUUCCAAAGAUGCUUUGGACAUGAUUAAAGAAAUUCAUAAACUGCUCGAUGCUAUCGAAUUAAAACAGAUGGACAUUGAAAAUUCGUGGAUAGAAAUGGAACGAAAUUUAGAUACUGCCAGAAUCAUCGAAGAUCUCGAGCAGGGUGUAUCGAGUGUCACCGAUUGGAUCCUGGGUCCAGCGGAUAUGAUGCUAAACUCUUGCUGUCAGGUCGGUUUCGAUGUUUCUUCUUCCGAGGAACUGCGAAGACAGCAUGAAAAGCUUGAGCUUCAAUGUCGGGAAACUUAUGGACGAUACGCGGAAUUGCUCCAUAAAAUUGAUAGUCUCCCAAAAAGCAGACUACCCGAAGACUUAAAAUCUCAGAGAGAUUUCAUGGACUUUGUUUGUCGUAGUUUUGCUUCACGACUCGAAAGACGUAGAAAUGUAUUGAUUACUUCGCAGAGAUUUUUCAGGCUUGUCUCUGAGUACUUUGAUAGAACGAGUGAAGUGUUUGAAAAGUUAGUCAUGGGCAGCAGGAAUUAUAAUUUCUCUCAGGCGAGUGUUAAGCUUUUAACAUUGGAGAAAAGUCAAACAGUUUUAGACAAUUUAGAGCGCGAACUCGUAAAGGAAGGCGAGAAAUUGUCGGAUAUUCUCUCUAUGCCGGUGAAGGAUGCGCUUGGACGAGAAGUUUACGUGAAUUACAACGAAGAUAUCAUAAACGUAAAAGAUAUAUUAGACGCAACAAACGCGAGGAAAAAUAUCUUUAACGAUAGCGUGGAAUUGCAAAAGCUAUCGUUGAAACAAGUUGCCUUGAUACACAUGUACGAGAGCGAUGCCGAACAGGCUGUUGAAUGGUUGAAGGAUCUAUUUGACGUACUACUUCGGAAUCAUAUGGAAGUUGGAUGUAAUACAAAGGAAAUACAAUCGCAAAAAGAGGAACACCAAUCCUUCCAGGAAACUGCAAAGGGGACUUAUGAAUACGGUGGUCAGUUGGUAAAUGGCGCGCGCGUAUUAAGAUUAUCAUGCAGAAUAUCUUUAGAGAGCAACGCUGGUAUCUUCUCGAGAUUGCGACAAGCUUGGCGGCAAUUUCGAUCCGUUAGCCAGGAACAGUUAACCAGAUUGCGAGUAUGCGCUGUCUUUCACAGGAACGUUGAAGAUCACUGUGCCAGAUUGCAAAACUUGGUGGAAACGGUGACGACCUUAUAUCGUGCUACAAAAGACGAGGAUGCAGUAGCAAAAUCGCGUAUCAGAACAGACAUAAGAGAUAUUCUUGAUAAUCGAGAGAAACUUUUAUUGGAGGUUGGCCGGAUGGUGAGACUGGGUCGUCUCCUCAAAACAAGAUUAAAAGAACCUCUUUAUCAGCAAUCGAUGUCCGAUGCCGAGGACACCUCGAUUCUCGGCAGUAAUCUGACAGCUGUGGAAGCUAUCUCGGCGAAAUUGGCGGAAGUUACGCGUCUCGCGGAAAAACUGGAUGCGAGACUAUGCGAAGCCGGAGCUAGAACUCGACCGAUAUCUAUUCCUACCGCUGUGACGUCUUCCGCUUCGUCCUUGCUCUCGAUAUCUGCUAUAUCGCCAUCAGGCACGCCCAUCCGCGCGACUUCUAUUGCAACCGCACCGGCAUCGGCUGCGACAGUUUCGAUUGCGUCUUCAAUUAGUCAAAUACGUCCAGCGGAAACUACGACUGUGGUUGCCAAGUCCCUAACUCCUAUGGCGGAAAAGUCUGAUGAGAGUUUACUUCACAUCCCGAGCUCACAUUUCGUAGAGAAUGUCGAGACAUCGAAUAAAGAUUCCAGUGCCAAGGAGCUUACUCCUCGUAGCGAAAGUACGGCAGAAGAAUACAAUGUGGAGUAUUAUACAACGGCGACUGAAUGCUCAAUAACUCCACCUCCGUGUUCCAGAAGUGAAUCUUUUGUAACUUCGCCGGAAUGCGAAGAUCUUUCUACAACGGCACCCGUGACGAAUCUCGAUUCUACUUGGGCCACCGAAAUGUCUAAAGUAGCAACUACCGAAAUACCUUCAACUAUCGCGGAAUCUCUUUCUGCUCCAAACAAUGAAAAUCAGGUGUUAAAAUUUACUGAGGCGACACCAAAUAUCUGCACUACGAGUGAAAUGAAACCAACAACACAGAUUGAAACGAUGGAUAAAAUUACUGACGAGAGGUCAGGCAAAAUUGUAAAAGAAGUAACCGAGACGACCGUUUUACGCGUAUCGCAUGAUAUUCGAUUAGGAGUAGCCUCUUAUAAGUUAACUUCUAAUAUUGUGCAAGAUCAUCGACAGCAUAUCGACGCGAAGAAUUUGCAAAAUGUAGAACGUGUGCUACCAGCGGAAUCUCACGAAAAAACAGACGAUGUUCAUCGUGAUCUUGAUUUAUCUCAGUACAAAGAAUCUGAGAAAUAUAUCGGUAAAUGCCCGACAAAGAAGAUUCAAUCGGAUCAAUGUAUGACAACGAAACUCACAAAGAUCCGAGAUCAUACAUUGAAUGAGAGUUCGCGCUCCAAUUUGCGAGAGUACGAGGAUGCAUCCUUGCAGGAUCUUUCACGAUAUCACGAGGAUAGUGGAAUCGACAUGUCACCGAUGAAGAAGGAGGAUAAUUUGGAAGGCGAAGAUUUUCUCGAAAGAGCGAGGAAGAGUGGCGAAUGUCUGAAGCUGAAAAUACUCGAGCUACAACCAGAACUAACGAGACUCGGUGCUUCCGCAAAAGAAGCCACGGAACUCUCGAACGCGCACGACCAAGUGUUACAUCGAUUACGGAACAAGCAGAGCCCGGUGGAAGAAUUGUUACGGCAGGCUGAUCAAUUGAUCGCGACCCAGAGAUCAAAAGCGGAAGUAUAUAAGGCCAUGGCAGAGACAUUGGGUCAAGCGUGGCGCGAUGUAAAUCAACUUUUAGAACGUCGAAAGGAGAUACUUGACCGAAACGUUUUAUUUCAAUGUCGAGCGACAGAAUGUAGAGAGAGUAUGGAGGCAUUGGAAAUGGCGUGUAAUGACACGUUACUGCCGAUCGAGAUCGAAGCGGUGAAAAGUUUUUUAUCCAAGAUCCAGGAUCUUCGCAAAGAUAUGCUGGAAGCGCUGAUGGGCGCGUUGCGCGAAGGCAAGAUGUUGUUGGACGAACUGAAAGAAUUGGCGAACGAAGGCACCUUGGACUCCAGGCCAGAUACGAUUAAAGACGAAGCUAAUCACGCCGUACUGCGAGUUGAAAGGUGGCUGGAGGAGCUUCACGACAGACGGCGGCUAAUCGAGACGUCUUUCCGCAAUAGAAAAACCCAAUUAGAGCAAUGCCUCGCUCUCGCGUUGCUCGCGACCGAUCUUCGCGAUCUCGAGGAAAUUCUCAACGACAGAAUCGCCGCGUUAGCGAACAGCUGCGAUCAAUUAGGUGAUUCUGCAUCUAGCGCCGAACUGCUUCUCUUCGAACUGAAGAAGUUGCAAGCCGAAGCAAAGGAAUUUCAAGACAGAGCUAUUAAAAUAACUAAAUCGACCGAACGAUUAGUGUCAUCGGGACACUUUGCUGGCGAACAAGCGACCGAACAGGCGUACGCGAUUCUUAGCGUCGCCGCCGAUUAUGUCAACGACUUGGAUCAGCAUAAUACAUUGUUGAACAAGGCGAUGAUCUUUUUCGAACUUGCACGAUCGGCUAUGACAAAGCUGGACCAAUUGGAGAUUCAGUUGAUGACAACGGAGCAUCCUCCUUACUCCUCGCGACUUGCGCGUUUUCAUGCACAAGCGGUGACUACGAUAGAAGAUGUGACUUCAAAGCCCUUGUCCGAAGGAUACGCGCUGCUGAAUGUCACGGGAAGAGGAGCGCCUGGUGCCGAGGGUAUAAAAAAUACUGUAGAAGAAUUGGAAAAUCGCAAGAUUUGUUUGAUGGAAAAGUGUACAGCUCAUAAAGAGGAAAGCCUGGAAAUUUCGAGGAUGCUUACCACAUUCUUGGAUAAGCACGACGCGUUACGAACUUGGCUGACCAGCAUCGCUGAAGCCUUUCUGCAAGGGCAUCAAGACAUGGGCAGCGAUCUGACAAUGGCAUGCGAUUUUCGUCGGGUUCAUUGUCAAUUGCUCUGCGAUCUUGAGAAUAAGAGUGAGGAAGUGGAUCAUUUAGAAUUGGAGAUUCUUCCAAUCAUAGAACGCCUGGACGAGUCUCAGAAAUAUGAAAUGCGAUCGAAAAUAAAAAAUCUUGAGGACGAAUGGACGAAAACAAAAAUUGCGGUGUUGAAAAGAAUCGAUUUGGGUACAAUUUAUAUACAGUUUCACGAAAUUAUCGAAGAAUUGACCAAUGAAAUGGAUUAUAUCGAUAACGAAUUGAAAAAGUGUGAUACAUUAGAUGAGACCAAAAUCAAUGAGCUGGAAAGAAAAUGGAAAUCUCUUGAACCUCUUUACAAGAAAUUGGAUGAUCGUGUAAAAGCAUUUCUCGGUGAAGCCGGCAAUAUCGAUGACUCUUAUCUUGAUAUAUCGCGAGCUUGCCUGUGUGUCCAGACUCUUUUCGAGAAAUUUGUGAAUCGGCAAUUGGUUAUAACAGAAUCAUGGGAAAAAUGGCAGACUACCAUCGAAAUUACGAGACAGAGACGAAUUGAAUGUGAGCGAAAAGUUGAAGAAAGCAUAAAGACAUUAGCGUGGAUUACGAAACUUGAGACAACGUUGUAUCCAGUGAUUACAACACGAUCCACUGGAAUAGCCGAUACUUUGGAUAAUUUGAAGGAUGUAAAACGACAGAUUUUAUCUGAGUUAAACACGGCUCUUCAGGAAUUGGAUAGCAGAAUCAAAAGCAUUCGAGUAUUUGUCGAAAAAGAUGAAGUUAAAACAACCGAGCAGAUUUCAGAGAGACUUGUACAAAUGCAAGAAAAGAUGAAUACUGUCGUCAAGGAUUACAAAACAUUAUUGGAAUCUUUAAUCUCUAUUUUUAAGAAUCUCGAGGAGAUUGAGCGUAAAAUUGAUCAAGCAAAGCAAGAGAUUGAACGUGUAUUAAGUUUUAUAAGACCUAUCGAUGUGGAUAGCACAUUAAACGAAUUCAACAUAUCGAAAACGUCUAUUGCGGAAUCUUUGCUACGAAUACGUACAACAUCUGAAAAAAUAAUCGACACCAUUAGACUGCAGGAACCAUUAGAAUCAGCGACACAAGAUGCCGAAAAACUCAAAAGCGCAAUAGAUUCCGUGGACGCCGAGUUUGAAUCAUUUCAAAUCGAAACAUCAAAUCGUCUCGAAAAACAUCGACGAUUUUGCAUUUUUAGAGAGGAUAUCGAAAAGAUUAACUCAGAUCUGCGCGACUUGAAUGAACAAUUAAAAAACGUGGAUGAAAAAAUCGGUGACAAUUUGUCGGCAUCGAGAGCGGCAUUGGUUGCUUUUGAACAGUUUGAACAAACUAUAAUAACUUUGGAGGAAAAAAUUGAAACAUUUGUGAAAAAAACGGAAGAAACCAUCUUUCCGUUAACGCCACAAAUGACAGAUGAGAUUUCAUCUCUGCAAAACAGAUGGUACCAUUUGAGAGAAUGCAUUAAAAAUACCAAGAAGCGAAUAAAUUUAAGUAUCGAAUAUUUCGUACUUUUGGAAGAAGCAAAGCAAUGGUUUAGAGAAGGCAGCAAACUCUUGGUAAUCGUUGCACGUAAGGCAACAACGAUAAAAGCGUCUGAAGAAAUCACAAGUUUGAUGCAAGAGAUCGACGCUUAUAUAAAACCGGGCGAAGAACAGCAAGAUAAGAGGAUCGAAGAGCUCAAACGAUUAUCGACGAUAAUUUUCGGUACCGACAGGCUCCCGCAAUUCAACGAAGUGGUUGUAGAAAAUCGGCAAAUGUUGGAUUCUUUUGCAGUCGUUUCCUCCGAACUGCGCACUUUGAGUCAAAAUUUGCAAAACGCCGAGGACCUGCGGGAGAGGCUGCGCAUCGAGAAACUGGAAGCUGACAAGAAAUUAGAGGCUGCUAAAAUAGAGAUGGCCGCGGCGGAAGCUGCCAGAAUGGAAGCUGAAAAUGCGAGGAAACUUGCGGAACAGCUUGCCGCUGAGACCUUGGACAAAGCUGCAACAGAAGCGCGAAAGUUGAAAGAGGAGGAAGCUCGAAAAGUUGCUCCUCCAACUGUCUCUCAUUCUGUCUCUGCUCAAACCGAUGAGACAGUAGUUGAAGAAACCAUUACUUCCGCCAUGACAACCAAAGAGAUUCACAUUCUUCAAAAGAUGGAAAUCGAGAAAAAUGUUCCGAUUAUUCAAAAGGAAGCUAGUCCGUCGAGAAAUCUUGUGUCCGAGGAAACACAUCCCACUGAAAUGCGCGAUCACGUUGAAGACGCAGAAGCAGACAAAAUAGUUUCAUUGGCUCCAGAAUUCACAGUUCCUUUAAGCGAUGCGACGAUUCAAGAAGGCAAGGAAUUCAGUUUCGAGUGUCGCUUGAUUGGCCAACCGACGCCAGAAAUAGUCUGGUACAAAGACGGAAUAUCGAUUUUGAAUAAUCCAGACUACGUAACGACUUAUACGGACGGCAUUUGUACUUUGAAAAUAGAAGAGACAUUCGCUGAGGAUUCUGCAAGAUACACUUGCCGCGCAUUUAAUAUUCGCGACUCUGUCGAAACAUCAGCCACUCUCACUGUCAUAGAAACUAUCACUGAAGAGCAACCGAGCGCUCCCGUUUUCGUGAAAGAAUUGUUACCCUCUUCUGCGAGAGAGGGAAAUUCACAUAGAUUAGAAUGCACCGUUGAGGGAAAUCCUCUUCCGACAGUGCAAUGGUAUAAGAACGACACCAACAUUGAUAAUUCUCCGGAUUACGUCAUCACUUUUAAUAAUGGGGAAGCUGUUUUGAAGUUUGAUGAAAUUUUCUUGGAGGAUAAAGCCUUGUAUACCUGUAAAGCAACGAAUAGAUGGGGGCAGUCGUCUACUACUGCUUCUUUAGACGUAGAACCCGCGCAAAUUUCCACCAAGAAACCAUAUUUUGUGACACCGUUAUCAAACGUUAUGGUCAGGACAGGACAAAGGGUAAAAUUGGAAUGCGAAGCUAAAGGAGAACCAAUUCCCGAAUUAAGUUGGGCUCAUGACGGAAAACCGAUUGAGGAAACUAAAUAUCAUAGGAUUCAAACGGACGGUGCACGAACAAGCCUAGUCAUCACGGAAGCAUUUCUAAAGGAUGCCGGGUGUUACACGGUGAUUGCCAAGAACGAGGUCGGAGAGGCUACCGCGUCUUGCAUCGUUUCCGUAAAAGGACGUUUGCUUCACGAAACCAGCGAGUCCGAUAUCAUUUGCAGCGAUACGGAACUGAUAAUUCCGAAAAUUCAAUUACCUCUGCAGGAUCUCAAGAUACAAGAGGGACGAUCGGCUAGAUUAGAUUGUGUGAUUAUAGGUCAGCCUGAACCAGAGGUGAUAUGGUAUCACGAUGAACAACCCGUGAAGGAGUCGUCAGACUUUCAGCUACUCUUCCAAGGUGACAGAUGCUCGCUAGUUAUUCAUGAAGCUUUUCUGGAUGACGCUGGAGUAUACAAAGUAGUCGCCAUCAAUACUGGCGGUGAAGCUUCUAGUCAGUGUACAUUAACAGUUACACCUACAUCUCACAUCGCGGAUGUAAUCGAUCGAGUACAAGAAAAGGAAAAAGUCCUCGUUGAAGGUUCCGCGCCAAAGUUCGCCAGACUUCCGACAGAUUUGCUUGUGGCUGAGGGUGAAGAUGCUAUUUUCGAAUGUGCCGUGACUGGAGAACCUAAACCUGAUCUGAGAUGGUAUUCGGACGACGGUGAAGUCACUCAUAGCGAAAGAAUUCUGAUUGAGAAAAAGGAAGAUGGAACAGGGCUUUUGAAAAUUUUGUCAACGAUACCGGAAGAUAAAGGCAAUUAUGUGGCAAAAGCCAUAAAUAUACAUGGCGAAGCGAAAGCUUUCGCCAGGCUGGUUGUGAAAACGCUCGGUGAUUUUAAAAGAAACGAAGAGUUUAUUCAAAUGGAAGAAAAAUUGAUUCGACCGGCGUUCAAAGAAGUAUUCGAAGACCGAAGAAUACCCGAAGGCAUCUCGACAAAAUUUGAAUGCAUCGUCAUCGGUAAACCUUCUCCCAAGAUUCAGUGGUUGUUUAAUGAUCGGCCGGUUCAUGGAAAAGAUUUCCUAGUUUCCGUUAGCGGAGAUCGGCAAGUUUUAACGAUUCCUGAAGUCGGAGAUGCGCACGUUGGCACGAUUUCUUGUGUAGCGGAAAACGCAGCUGGUAAAGCGACUUGUAGCGCUAAAGUGGAAAUUGAUAGCGGAUCAGUGAGACAGAUUGCAGGUGAGAUCGAAGAAGUACUCGAGUUGGUUCCACAUUUUCCUGCAGACAUUAUGCAUCCUGCAAGCAGUAGCGAUAAGCACUUCGCAAGCGAGAAAACGUAUCAUGAGGGCGGUAGCGAUAGUCAAGUGCUAACGAAAAUGUCAUCAACCGUCACGCAUUCCUCGUCAACGACCACGAAGAAGGAAUUCCUAUCGUCAACUAUGACUUCCUCUUUAUCGCAAUCCGGACAAGAACCUACCAGUGUUUGCACAAAAACAACUGUACAAAGUUCGGAGCAGUCUACUUCGGAAAACGGAGCACCACCUGUCGUACAGUCUCACAAAAUCGAGGAAUACGAAAAAAUAAUACAGGAUCGGCCUGGUGAAAUGCGACAAGAGAAAACUGUUCUCGUUUCUGAAGAGAUGGAAGGCAUGAAACGUGACAUCAAGGCGAAUCAAAUUCAGAAGCCAUCUCGGAAACCAGUAGCACCUAGAUUCGUCUCGCCGCUUACAGGAAUGAUUGUCGAUCAAGGAGAAGACAUUGUUUUCGAGGGUAUUAUCGAUGGUUUUCCGCAACCGACGGUUCUAUGGUCAAAGAAUGGUCAAGAAUUGACAAUAAUGGAUAAUGUAAAAAUUAGUUAUGCUCAUAAUCACGUGAAAUUGGAACUAAAAAAUGUCAAUGUGAAAGACGCUGGACGUUAUACUUGUACAGUGAGCAACGAUGUUGGAAAUGCUAGUAGUACAGCCGAUCUCGUUGUCAAAAAGACAAUAUUUCCCCCGGUUUUCGGUAAACGUCUCAAGGCUCAAGUAGCGAAGAAAGGCGAUCGAGUUAUUAUGGAAGUAGAAAUCACAGGUAUACCCGAGCCGACGGUCGGUUGGUAUAAAAAUGACGUGCCGAUCAAUGAACGACCACCAGAAUUAAGAAUUACUCAACAAGGAAAUUGUUAUACAUUAUUCAUAGACAAAGUUAAAGAAGAUGACGCUGGCAAAUACAUGGUACGUGCGACAAACGCCGGUGGAGAAGCGCAGAGCAUCGCUGAUGUUGCAGUUUUUGAACCAAAGCCCGAUACUAUGGUCGAGGUGCAUAAAACUGUCAUCUACGAAAACAUUCAGGAUAAAAGUGCUGUUCAGUCCAAGGGGAAGGAAGAAGAAAUAUCAUCGAGUAUUUUGACGAGCGAACAGAUACCUGCGAUCCAACCGAGCCUAUUAUUCAAGCCAAUCACACCAUACAAAAUCGACACUAUACAAAAAAUCGAUGGACCGGAAAUGAAGGCUAGUAAAUCGGAAACGAUCUCGUCUAUUAUCGAAUCUCACGAAUCCGAAAUGAAAACGGAACAGAAGUUUCAUAUGAAACUAGAACAUAAAACUCCAUCGAUCAUGGAGUCCAAGUUUCGAACCGAGCAAAUCGCGAUAAAGGAAGCUGACGAAAGAAAAGACGUUUCGAAGCCAUUGAUAACAACGGAAGAGAAAUCAACGAUCGAAAAUGAAAACAUAGAGACGUCUACGAUUGCAAAGAAAGAUGCAUUGAGCUUUUUCGAAUCUAUUACGAAAGAAAGCGAGGCUGUGGCAAAAGGACCAAAGGAAAUGAUUAAACUAACAGAGGAGGGGCAAGUUCAAGAAGCUAAAGUUGGAAAAUUAACGAAAAAUUAUGAGCAAGCAACCUUUCAAGAGGUAAAGAAAUCGACAGAAGCAAGACCGUCAGAGUUUCAAGCAACAAAGAAAGCCGUUCAGGAUAUUUUCACUAAAUUGGAACAAGGACCGUCACGCGGAGUAGAAAAUAAGCUGUUUGAGUUUCCGUACGAAAGUUUUAAGCCAACGGAAUUAAAAAAAACGGCGGUGGAGGAAAGCAUAAUCUCUGAUUCGUUCAUUUCGCAAACGGAAAGCUCCGAAACGAUGAUGAAAAGUUUCAAUCUGGUACCGGAACCACCUCCCGAGAUAUGUUACAUGCCAAAGCCGGGGGAAGCAAAAAAAAAACACCCUGAUGUAUUCGUCAAGGCAAAGCAGCUACAAGAAUCCUUUGACAAGACACUUUCCCCAAUAGACGCUCCUAUCGGAGGCGUGAAGAUCUUUCCUACACCCACUCCGAAAAUACCGGAGCCUACUAAACCUGUGGAGCCCACAUUUACGAUACCACCACCGUUCGAAUUUGAGAAAAAAGAAAUAUUCGAGGAGACAUGUAUAAAGAGAGAUGCACUUCUGCAAGGAAAGAAGGAAAGCAAAUAUUUGAAGGAGGAAAAGCUGGAACCAUCGAAAUACGCAUCUGUAUCCUCAACGUCUGUCUUGAGAAGUACUUCCCCUAGCAGACCAUGGUCGUCAUCAUCGGAUGUGGAAACUAAGUCGCAUGUAUCUACGGACUUGUCGGAAUACAGAUGCCACUCGGCCGCCUCUAGUCAAGAAGUCCUGAGGGCAACGUCGCCCAAACCAUCCGCGGACGCACUGGCGAUGGAAAAAUCCUGGGCGAAGAAAUACGCGGAUUCGAAUAGAAAAUCGUGGCCACCCCAGGUCGAAUCCGCUCAGAAACGCGAAUGGAAUAUUCCCGUUGACGAAUGUAAGAGCUCCUCGAGGGAAUUUACGCGGAAGGUCGAGGAGACGUCGCAAGGUGAAAUAAAGAAGAUUAGCACGGAAUCAUCCGCUAACGUGGAGAAACGCUCGUGGAGCAGUAAAGAAGAAUUUACGGAAAAGAUAGCGGAGGGAUCUCUGCCUACGUCAAAACUUGGUCCGAUAAUUUAUAAUGCCGAGACGAUUAAAGUCGAUCAUACUGUGAAUCCUGCACAGGAGAAGGCUCUGCUCGAGAAAUACAUGAGUCAGCGCAAUGUAGAAAAGGCGGAAACGAUACAGAAAUUUGAAGAAUUUACCUCGAAACGCUUGACAGAAGAUAAAGAGUUAAAGGCACCGGGCUUGGUAAAGAAAGUCGAACCAGUCAUAAAAUCGCUCGCGACAUCGCAUCUCACGGAAACAGGAAUCGAUUCGAUCAUCCUUGAACCAGGGUCACCUCCGGAAAUUGGAUAUAUUCCACCACCCUUUGUAGAAGCUCCAUUGGAGCAUAAGAUAGAAAAGAAAGAAGAACCACCUGUACUUCCACCUGUACUCCCACCGAAAGAUGCACGUAUCACGCCGCCACCUAUUCCAGCCAAAAAAUCGGUCAAGCCCUCGUCGCCGGCUCCGUCGAAAUUCAUCAAAGGUUCGUAUAGCCAUGAGAGCGAUUACGAGUCUGAUUUCGAAGGUCGUCCGAAAGCAAAGUGGAGGCCAUACGAAAGCGAUAAUGAGGAGCCGCAUUAUCGAAGAGUCAGGGCACCUGUUUCGAAAGAACCGACGAGACCGAGAUCUACCGAACCCGAGCCACUUCCGCCCUCAAAAUUCGAGUCCCCCGCGCUAUUCACGGGACCGUCCAAAUCGCUCAUCACUACAGAAUCUUCCGAAAAGACGAUGAAAAAGACGACAUUUAAACGACACGAGAGAGAAUCCAAGCAGCAGCAGCAAACCUCGAUUCCUUUGAAACCCGGCUCUCCACCGAUUUAUGUGCAAGCGACAGCAAAGAAUAACGUUCCGAAAUCUCCCUCCACCAAGAAACCGGAAUCUCCGAAAUUCAAGACAAAAGUUUUUCAGCAGGAAAGCGGUUACAUGGCGGACACAGAUGAGCCAUUCCAACAGAAGGCUUCGUCUACGACAACUACGACGCAGAAAUCUUUUGGCAAACGUGAUGGUACUUCAACGAUGGUUCACACGGAGACUCGUACCACGGAAAGUAGGACGAAAUCCUUCGAGAGUCACAGUUACAAAUCUGAUCAUUUACAAAAAGAAGAAUCUUCUUUCGUUUCGUCACCCGUUUGUACACCAACGCCUCCCAAAGUUGUUCAACAACAACACAGUUCGCUCGAGAAGAGUUAUUCCUCGACGACUAGCAGCGGUUUACGCAGAUUCGAAUCCUUGAAGGAAACUGGGCAUUCCAUGGAUCAGUCGUACAAAAAAUUGGAACCAGUGGAAAAGGUCCUACCAAUCUCUCCGAGUCCUUCGAAGUUUGUGAAGGGCGAUUUCCGCGAGAGCGACUAUGAAAGCGACUACGAUCGCAGAACAUCGCCAAGCUUUACGAAACUUAGUGUCAUUGAUUCAGGAAAGCCAGCGAAGCUGAGCAAGUAUCCUACAGUAGCAGCAACACCGACAAAGCCGAAGACAGUUCUCUUACCCGGUUCUCCGCCGGAAAUCGCGUAUGCGCCACCGCAGCAACCGCAACAACAGUUUUACGAGGCGCAUACAAGCGUGCCGUUUACAAACGCGGUGGGCACGGAAACCAAGAAAACAGUUAAGAUGGACGAGUCGACGGAGAACACCAGGAGAAUCGUCACUGUCGAGCAAACGAGCCGCGUCAUCAAAUUCGGGGACCCCGCGUCGAUCCAGAAACAUCAAACGAAUUAUCGCGUGCCUGUACCGAAAAAAUUUGUGCAGGGACAAUUUCGUGAAUCUGAUUACGAGAGCGACGCAGACUCCGGCAGAAUUCGGGCAAAAUGGACCCCGGCUGAUAGUGAUACGGAGGAGCCGUAUUACCGAAGGGUUCAACCACCCGCGUCGAAGAGCCCGAGAUUAUCGAGCACCCCGGUUAGGCAGACACGCGUCGUGUCGCCGAUGGAAUUUGACAGCGGUCCUCCAACAACAUCGUUGACGUCGCAGAUUCGCAAAGAGGAUGUAGACGGAACGAUUAGUCAUCAGAGAUAUCAGCAGCAACGAACAGCUUCAGGAAAGAGCGAUGGCGCUUUGCAGCCUGGUUCGCCACCCGAAUACGGAUUUAUUUCGAGGAGCGACGUAAAAAAAGCUGCGGAUCACAUCGCGUCACGUCACAUGAGUGACAUGACAAGCAGCUUCAAAACGAAAACCGAGAAAUUCGUGAGUGAUAUCCAGUCGGACUUGAGGCAGAGCAAGCCGAUUCUGAAGCAUCCUGUCGAUUCGAGGACGACGGAUGACGGUGAGGAGCCGAGAACUUAUAGAGAAGAAUCGCGAGUCUCCGAACACGGAACAAAACAAAUCGAUCCGGACACUGGGCUCAUAUAUUUCAAGUAUGACUUUGGUUACGAAUUCGGUAUCAUUUUGCCUGGUGAGGGCAAGAAAACGGUUGAAAGCAGUCAGAAGAGCAUUCAAGGACAGAGACGUCCCAGUGACGUAGAUGUACCUAUAACACAUGAAUUUACCGAGAAGAAAGCGAAUGGCUUCGCGAAAAAGGGCACGUUCUUGAACCGCCAGAGCAAGCCAGGAAGCAAAUUUAGCAGCUCGAAGACUGUCAAGUGGGAACCGACGUCGGAAAGCGAGUUUUCCGAAGCCGAGGACGCGAGACAUCUCAAUAAAAAGCAAUCGAGUGUGGAAAGCUCAAUGAUGGCACCUCCGAGCCUCAUCAUACCUAGCUCCGUGUCACCGUCAAGAUGGGAUCGCAUUACACCUAGCCCGCUUUCUCUUAGUCCAAGUUUGCCGAGCCUAUCUCCCAGACAUAGUAGCGCUACCGGACCAUCUAGCAAUGUGGACUCUGCAGGCUCACCGUGGCCAACGAGCAAUGGCGUAUCAUCGGCCAAAGAAGUAAUUCAGCCUUAUCUUGACAUAUUACCGAAAAAGGCUCCCACGUUCAUCACGCCAUUGAAGGAUAUCGCGGUAGUGAGCGGACAACCGGCUAGAUUCGAAUGUAUCGUUCAGGCUGAACCGCAGCCUAAUAUCCUUUGGUCCAAGGAUCGUAGGAUCGUCGAAAAUUCUGCGAGCCACGAGAUUCAAUACAGAAAUGGCGUUUGUCGUCUUACCAUAAUGAAAGCUUUUCCCGAGGAUGCUGGAACUUAUGCGUGCACGGCAACAAACAGCCUAGGUUCUACCGUAACUUCUGCUCAUUUGGAGGUGCCAGGUAACAGACGAUCUAUAUACACCCCUAUUUCGUAAAGAUCUGAAAGGACUGAAUGCGAGGAGAGAUGAUAUAAUCGAGAUAAAUCGAGAUAAAGGUGGUGGAAAAGUCAGUUUCUUAACUUCGGUUUGUGUUGGUUUCGGAUUUGUGCAUCGUACCAUAUUUAAUUAUUAUCUAUGCAGUUCGCAGGUUAAUGUGGUGGAGGAAAUAACGAUAUACAAUGCUCGGGAUAUUUCUUUAUGCGAGAAAAAUUCCUUUAAACACUUAAAAAUAAGCGAAUAUUCAAAUGUCAAAGUGCUUUUUCUAGCUUGCUUUCUCUUGGAGAUGAAUAAUGAUUUAUCGCGAUAUGAAAAUACGAAUUAAGGUGUUAUAAAGUAACAGGACAAAAGCAAACUAGCUUUGUCUCAAUGCGCAUAAUUAUUUCGUUUUUUUAUAUAGUUGUAUAUAUGUACGAUCUAACGUUAUAAUAUGGAAACUAGUCAAUUAAACUGGAGCGAAUUAAUAAUAAACAAAUCAAAAUGAGAAGGACAAAAAAUCUAAAAGAGAAGAACAUCAUUGAAUAAUGUCAUGCCAUUGGACAAGUUAAGGAAAGCUUUUGAUUCCUCGCAUAUUAUACUUUAUUUCUUGUUUACGUCUCAUCUCCGUUUCAACUAUUUUUUCCUCCAAUUAAAACGUUAUAUUUUCGAUUUUUCUUUCUAAGCAUAUAUUGAUUAUUUUUUGCCAACGUUGUUACAAGCUAGAAAUACUCCUUUUUUAAAGUUAGCUUUAUAGAAGCUAGUAAAUAAAAAUAAAACUUUUAGUAAAAGGUAAAAAAGAAGUUCAUAUUUUAAUUCAAAGAUUUAUGAUAUUAUUUUAAAUCAUUGUCUCUCUAUUUAUGCAUCGUGAUAUACUUUAUUGGGACUAGUCAAAUUAUUUAAAAACAAAAUAAUAAGAUUAUAUUGUUUAUUUAUAAGCAUUAAAUAUAAAUGCAGUAGGAGUAUUCGAUCGUCCUAAAUGGCUUUUUAUUUUGUAGUUUUACACAUUUCCAUAUUAAUUGUCUAUGCUUGAAACAUGAGAAAUUAAUGUUUUACAGCUAGAUGAAAUAUGGGAAUUUACUAUGGGACAUGAACGGCUAUGCUUUGAAUCACUAUGCUGUUAACUCUUUGCAUCGAUAAUUGAUAGUGGAGAUAUAAUUCAUAUAUUUAGAUGUACAAUAAUGGUACAAUAAUGGUACAGUUAUGCAAAGCAAUAUUUUUUGAGAUAUUUCAUAAAAGUUUCAAGCAACAGUUUCUGCAAAUUAAUUAAACGAUUAAUUAUCAAUAUCGAAUCGAUAAAAAGACACUUUCAAAAUAAGAUUUUAACAUGUUUUCAUAUCUCGCAAGGAGUUAACUACUUAUUAAUAUUGCUGUUCACAUACAUGAUCGCAUAUGAAUACUUAUAUACUAUGUAAAUAAAAAAAGUGUGCUUUCUCUACACAAUAUAAACUUGGCUAUGGUUUAUGGGUAA